AUUAUAUUGUAGAAUUUAAAAAAUUUAGAGAUGAUGAACAAACUCCUUGUCGAAAUGAAUAUUUCUGUUGCCAAAUUCGAAUGAUUUUUCAUAAAGGAAGUAUAUCUGAAUUUUUUGAUUUAAAUUUUGAAAUUGAGUUCAAUUAUAAUGUGACUGAAGAAAAAGCCAGAGAAAUUAUAAAAAAUAGUUAUGGAUAA